AUGUCAGGUAUCAAAGGCCCAGGCGCACCCAAGACCUACGACGGUUCCGCACUUCGCAUCGGCAUCAUCCACGCACGCUGGAACACCAAGAUCAUCGAUGCGCUGCUUGAGGGAACAAAGAGAAAGCUGAAGGAAGCUGGAGUCAGGGAUGAGAACAUAGUCACACAGAGUGUGCCUGGGAGCUACGAGCUGCCCUAUGCUGUCAAGCAACUAUACUCGGCCUCGCAAAUCCAAUCCUCGUCCACAGGCGUCGUAGGCGCAGCAGCAGACCUCCUGGGCUCGGCCACUGACCUCACAGCCCUCACGGGACAAGCCUCACAAUCCAAGACGUCCAACUCGCCCUUUGACGCGAUAAUCGCUAUUGGCGUGCUGAUCAAGGGGAGACGAUGCACUUUGAGUACAUUUCAGAGGCCGUGA